GUUGGCAGCCUCGGUGGUUUGUUUUAGACAAUGGGAUACUGUCAUACUAUGACUCACAAGAUGAUGUUUGCAAAGGCAGCAAAGGAAGUAUAAAGAUGGCUGUGUGUGAAAUAAAAGUUCAUGCAACAGACAACACAAGGAUGGAACUGAUUAUCCCAGGGGAACAGCAUUUCUAUAUGAAAGCAGUUAAUGCAGCCGAAAGACAGAGGUGGCUGGUAGCACUGGGGAGUGCAAAAGCCUGUUUAGCAGAUACCAGAACAAAAAAAGAAAAAGAGAUAAGUGAGACCACUGAAUCUCUUAAAACCAAAAUGUCUGAACUUCGUCUCUACUGUGAUCUUUUAAUGCAGCAAGUUCAUACAAUACAAGAAUUUGUUCACCAUGAUGAGACUCGCCCUCUUCCCAGCAUUGAGAACAUGAAUGAAGCCUCUUCCUUGCUUAGUGCCACGUGUAAUACAUUUAUCACGACACUUGAAGAAUGUGUGAAGAUUGCUAAUGCCAAGUUUAAGCCAGAACUGUUCCAGCUGCCUCACCCUGAUCCCUUAGUUUCUCCUGUGUCACCGUCACCUGUGCAAAUGAUGAAGCGUUCCAUUAGCCACCCUGGUCCUUGCUAUUCAGAAAGGACUAAUCACUCUGUAAAAGAGCCAGUUUCGUCCUUCCAUAGACUGUCACAGCAGCGCAGAAGGACAUACUCAGAUACAGAAUCUUGCAGUGACUCUCCUUUUGAAGAUCCCCAGCGAUCUGCUCACUGUUCUAGAAGUACUGUCAAUGGAGAUCUGGUAUCAUCAACCAUUCCUGAAGAAAAUAGAUCAGUAUCAAAAGGAAGAUCUGAACAAGAAGAGACUCUUUCAUCCUUUUCUUCCUGAAGAAAUUGAAAGUAUUCAAUUUUCUAUGAAUAAUGCUAUGCAAAAGCUGCUGUAAUUAUACUGUUGUUAUAGGAAGUAGUAAUUUCCCUUUUUAGAAGGAUUUCUCUGCACUUUAUAGAAUAACAUAAAAAAUAUCUUUGAAGUGUAUUUUAUCUUUAUAUAGUUUAUUUGCAAGAGUAUUUUCCUAAUAUUUCACAGUAUGAAUGUGCAUUUUUUGGAACAAAUGGUGGCUUAACAGAUAAGCAUCCACAUUUGUAAAUGUAGCUCUUUUUAAAAAGUGUGAAGGUCUGACUGACACAUAAGUAAACCUUCAGGUUAUAAACUUCAGCAGAAAGAUUUCAUU